ACCCGGGGAAAAAAAAGACAUAUCCAAUUUAAUUGUGUCAAAAAUAUGUCAGAUAUGAUAAAACUUGAUCAGAUUAUAUCCAAAUUUUAGUGCGUCCAUUUCUAAAUAUAUCAAAUCAGAUGUGGUCAGAUGUAGUCAGACGUUUAUACCGUUCGAUCUGACUAUAAUCUGAUUUGACAUACUUAUAAAUGGAUGCGUGAAAAUUUGGAUGUAAUCUGAUUAAAUUUUGUCACAUCUGACAUUACUCGAUACAAUUGGAUAGAAUUGCAUAUAUGGCUUUUUUCCCCGGGUGCUUGUCGAAAAAAUCUAACUGGGUUGAGCUACAGUUGCAGACGGAGAGAAAGUGACGAAGUUAAGUUAGAGUUACCAAAAAAAGUAACUGUAACUCCGUUACAAGUAACGGGUUACUUCCCAACCCUGUGUAUGUACGAUACGUACCGCGCAUGUGAUGGUGUAAGAGACCUCCGUGCAUGUAGGCACAGAAAGGUUGCAGAAAUAUCGCGGCAUAAUAUUGCGUUUCACCCAGUCAACCGAUCGGUGGGGGUCGUAGGCUGCGGCGAAGAUGUAGGGAUCACGCAGUUUACGGUGUCUGACCCACUAACAUUCUCCUCAGUUAUCUCGGCGGCGGCCUCGAUAAUCCGCGUGUUUCCUGGAGGAGAACUCGCGUAUAUACACGGCGCGUUCGGCGACCUAGCGAUAUUUAAAAAAAAAGGAACAAAAUGCGCCGAAAUCACGGCCUACUGUUAUCGUUAUCGACGUGCCUGACUGUAGUCCUCUUCGUUCUGAACGCGCGGUCGUUCACGGAGUUACUCGGGUCCGAAGUUAUCGCUGAAAAACGUAGCGCGUUGAAGGUGCAGAUAGCAUCGCGUGCCGAUGAUCGAUGGAACACUCGCAGCCAGGUGAAGACUACGCCUAAAUCACAUGCCUAUACGCAAAGAAGAUUUAACGUAGAUCGCACAUCAGCGUGGCAUGGACUGGAAAAGUCUGAGAAAUCCCGUUAUCGAAGUUAUCUCGGAAUGUUUCUGCUCGAAUCUAAGGCCUAAUCUACGACGUGCACUUCGCGUCUCGAAACAUUCUACUUUGUUGCCAAUAAAUAAAUACGUUUGAAGAAUUCGACGAAUUGUACAUUGCACGUUGUACAAUCGUACGUUGUCGACGAAUUUUUUGAAGCUUUUAAUUUGCUUGUGCAAAACUGACUGUUUCUAGACGCAAAGAGCACAUUGUAUUAAUAGUCAGAUCUUAUUUGAGACCGUGCUUGAAUUUAUCUAAAGAUGCUGUACGGAGUAUCUCAUCACUUAUGGAGCGUCUCAAGAUAAUCUUAAAAGGGUCUUGAAUAGAAGAUUUGACUACCAAGUCUUAGAAUUUAAUGUAUUCUCCGGGCGCGUAUCAAGUCGAGACACGUGCUCCCGCAAUGUGUCCAGAUUUAAUUCUGUAUUUAGUGAACGGUGCGGCGUCGAAUAAUGUAAUACACCGGAGAUCAUUCGUGCUUGCGCAACGGAGAAUGCAUUCCUCGAACGUGAGACGUGCACGACGGAGCGAAAGCGCGUUGUCGCCACGUGCCAUUUGCAGAAUCGUACGCGGUGAUCGAAUGUGAUCGGCAAUUUACGCGCAGUUAAAUCCCGGCCUAUCCUCAACGAGGAAUAAUUUGGAAAACCAAAAGAAAAAACACGACGUUCGUUCACCCGUUUACGUCACGAAACACGACGAUUAACGACGAUUAUUUACGAUUGUUGUAACUGUCAAAUAGGCGCGCCGGUAUGUUACGCCGUCUCUCGCUGAAUUGGGCGACUUGCCGUACAAGCAC